AUGACGACCAAAUUUCCAAAGGCUCCACCAAAGCCAGAAGAUGUAUUAAGUGAUCCCAAAUUACUUUCGAAAGUGGAUGAAAGAGUAUCUCUUGAUCAAAAGGCGAAUUCUUGGAUUUUUGAAAGCGAUGAUAACAUAGAAUAUGAAUAUAAUUAUAAUACUAAAAAGUGGGACAUACGACAGGAUAAUAUCAGCAUAACUAAGAGAAAGAGAGAUGACCACGACGAUGAAAAAGAAGAAGAUGUUGAUGAUGAUGAAUUGGAAAAUAAACUUCACAUAAAAGAGUUCAAGAAGCAAAAAAUGCAAAAGGUUAAAGAUGAAAUAUCAAAACUUAAACAAGAAAUGAAGCAAUCAAGUUCUGAAGAAGCCACAACCACCAAUGCUAUAUUCGUAUAUAAUCUUCCAACUGAUAUCACUUUAUCUGAGUUGGAUGAAAUUUUUGGUAAAUACGGUUUAAUAUCAGAAGACUAUAACACUGGGGAGAAAAGAAUCAAAAUGUAUAAUGAUGAAAGUAACAAAUUUAAAGGUGAAGCUUUAAUAUUUUAUCACAAUAAGAAAAGUGUCCCAUUAGCAAUUGAUAUGUUGGAUGGAACAUCUGUAAGAUCUGAUACUCGUAUAACCAUCAAAGUUGAACCUGCUAAAUUUACUGAUUCAGGCUCAAAGAAAUCAAAAAUAACGGAAAGACCAUCAAAAGAACAACAAAAGUUUAUUAAAUCGAAAGAAUCAUUAAAUAAAAAGCUUACCGAUUGGGACGAAUUCGAUUCAAGUGAUGCAAAGGUUGACAAAUCUAAACUGAAACUUUUCUCAAGAAUAGUGGUGGUGGAGAAUAUGUUUCGGGUUGAUGAAUUAAAAGCUGAUCCUGUUAUUGAAUUAGAUUUGAAAGAAGAUAUUCAAGACGAAUGUAAUAAGUUAGGAAUUGGAGAAGAUAUUUCACAGAUUCAAGUGUAUGAUGUCAGUGGGACUAUAACUAUAAAAUUUAAGAAACCAAAUCUGAGCGAUAUAUGUAUAAAGCUGCUUGAUGGUAGGUUCUUUGAUGGUCUUAAAUUGAAAGCUAGUAUUUUCAGUGGUCAAAAGUUCGAAAAGACUCAUAAUGAGAUUGAAGAAGAAGGUGAAAGAUUAGAUAAAUUUAGUGCUCUGAUAGAUUCUUAG